AUGGGGCGAAGGCCAAGGCAGGCGGUUCAUACGAUGGAGAAAAACUUUGCCGCAGCGCCGAGUAAACAGACGCCCUUGGGCGAGAACAGUGGGGUGCCAUUGCCCUUCAGUGUGACGAAGGACAUUGAGGCGGCGGCGGCGGCGGCGGCGGCACGGUACCCCUUCACGUACCACGGGCCGAACACCAGUGAAAAUCCAGUGCAACGUCUACACCGGGAGUUUAAGUUGCUUUCGAAGGAGGAGCGGCAGCGGCUUGUGGAGGAGGAGGCUGCAGACACAGACCUCCUCGCCCGCACCGUGCAUCUGCGUUUCCUCCCGACUGGCAUGCUGCAGGGCGAUUUGGCCGCGCUCUGCGCGGAGUGUGGGGAGUAUCUGCGGGUGCGCAUUUGUGGAAACUCCACCAACGCACAGAAUUGGAUAUACGGCUUUGUUGAGUUUGCCGACCGUCGCGGCGCGGAAAAGAUGCUGCAACGCAGCGGCAUGGAGCUUCCAAAUGGUCCAGGAAAACCACCACUACGGCUGAAGUGUAACGCCGCUAAACAAGCGAUUGUGGACCGCGUCUUUCAUGACGCCAACCCACCGACAAAGGCGGCAUGUAUAUUUGGCUCCGGAAACUUUGCCUUCCGCACCUUGAAGGAGGCGGUCGAUAGCUACUACAACCUCAAGCGGAAGGAGGGGGGAAUGAUGGUCACGCAAGCAAAUCUACAGAAUUCCUCGCAAAGCAGCCAUACAAACAACACGAACACUAGUCUUAACACUGAGAUGAGCACUGCCAACGGCACCUGGCAUUCGCCGGCACCGCGGCACUACGCAAAACCACAAGAGAGCCCGGCCUCCUCGCUGUAUCACCCUACACAGACGGGGUACCAUUCCCACUCCGUUUCGAACUCCGAUGAAGAGUCUGCUGGCAUCACACCACUUUUACGUGUCUCCGCCACAAAUGGAAACAACAUGAUUGCGGGUGAUAGCGUCCUCACCCCGCCACUCUGCACGCAGCCUAUUCCAUCGAUUUCGAUCGCCAAACACAUGGGCGCCUGCAGCAAUUACGAUGGCCGCAGCGACGGCGCCACGUCACACGAAGAGAAGACAACGUCACCGUUUGUUUCUCAGUUCACAGUAACUUUGCCUGGGUUUCAAACGCCAUUUUCUUCACUACCACCUCCUCAGGACUUGAAGGUGGAGCGUGGGGAGGCGUUGGUGCGGGUUGCUAUGCACAGCGCUCGAGUUUUUGCCGCUACGGGGGAGCAAUUCUACGACGCAGUGGGUGCACUUCGGGCUCUGCUCAACGUCUUGGACGGUCACAGUUGCCACACACGCUGGCAAAUAAAUUCAAAGGGGGCCUCACACACAUUGGAGGAACAAGGAGUGGGGGAAGGCGAGGGAGAGGAGGUGACCGCACAACGCGUAAUGCAGCUGCGUCUCCUUGCACACCUCCUCCUUUCUCUUCUUUUUUUCCAAAAAGGCAACAUUGAAGAGUCGCUGUCCUCAAUCCACAACCUCGUUUUCUGCUGCAACUCCGUGCCCGUGAAGCAGCUUGGACAAACAUUUCCUUUAACGGCUUCCGUGGUUUCUGCUUCGCCAGCUACAUCGCACGUCGACUGUGAACCUGCAGUGAUGGAAGCCAAAGCAGAUGAUGUAAAGGAGGAUGUACCACCAAUUGGGUUUGACGGGUUCAACGUUGAGGAGAUGUCCUGCACAUUUAAUCCGAUCUCUCAAGCCUUUGAUUUUUUUGGUCACAUUGAUGUUGGCGGUGGGGAGGAGCAGGAAUCCACCGCUUUGGAUGCCCUCAUGGGCGUGCUGCGAUUGGAUGAAUGUGAGGCUCCGUUAGAGAUGCCACAGGCGCCACAUGAGCAGAACGACGAGCGUGAUGCACACCUUCAAUCCUACGUGCUGAACGUCCUUCUCACCAUUGGCCUCUCCAUGGAGGUGGCGCACCCGGUGGUGACGCGAUGUGUGUACGCCCUUGCCGCGAAUCGUUCAAAGGAGGUGUUUGGGGCCACCCUGCCCGCGUUGGAGAUGACGCUGCUUGAAGGCGGCAUACAUCGUCUUCGACCCGUUCUUUUCCCGCAGGUGGAGGACCACAACUUUGUGAAGUUCUUCCUACAAUCGUUUGACACUUGCGAGGGGACGCCGGACGUGGGGCUCUGGUCCACACUUCCACCAACUCACAUGGUGCGGUGCUUCCCGCUGCCCAGAGACGACGCAUCAUGGCGCGUCGUGUAG